UCUACACCCAGCAGGGGAAGGUGCUGAACACAGUAGGAGCUCAAGUGCAUUUGGACGAUUUAAGCCCUUCAGCCUGCCCCCUGAGGCCAUGAGGCAGGACGGGUUGUCUGGUAACGCAUCUGUGGAAGACGCAGAGGAGGAAGAUCCAGACUUCAUCCAAAGUUUCCUGCUUCAGGCGUUAUCACGUUCAGGUGGAGGAGAGAGAGGGGGCCCAAUGGCACAGAAUAAUCUGGCUCUGGUUCAGACUUUGGAUGGGCUGCGGAGCGGCCUCCUACACAGGGUGGGUAGUUCUGUCUACAGUAACCUGAGGAAGAAAGUGUUACAAGUUACCAUGGCACUGCUUGAUGAUGUCAGCAGCCUGGUGGACGUGCCGCAGCCCAACAUUCGGGGCCGGUGUUCAGUCGGUGACCUGAGACAACUGAUCUUAUGGGGGAUAAAGCAUAAUGUGACGUGGAACACUCAGGCUUUGGGCGUUAGCUCCCAGGGUCUUCCAAGCUCACUGCCUUUCCUGUCCUGUCCCUCCACGGAAGGAUAUGAACAAAGAUCACGACUAACACCGGCACACUCAUCUCCAAAAACAGGCCCAUCCUCACGAAAAAUCCCAGAUCAAAAACACCUUCACGACCUCCCUACCACACCUGAGCGCUCCCAGCCACAACAAGGCAGAAGAAGAGAAAGCAGCAUCCAGCAGAGAGAAAUGGAGUACUUCACCUCUAUAGAAAUCCUGGAGGCAGCGUGUAAUGAAUCCAUCCCGGGGUUAACAGGCGUGUCCAACUUCACUGUGUUCCUCUACUGUAAACUGUUUGAAGGGGAAAACGGGUCAGUUGAUCCUGCUGAGGCCCACAUGGGUCUCGACCUACAUGCUACGUGCUCUGAUGCAGCUUGGUACCUGUCUGCUGCUGAGGAGGACUUCCUCUGGGUUCAUGUGUGCAGCGAGUACUUUGCCCAUGAAUUUAACAACACAGUCUGUGCCAACUCGUCUUUCUGGCUGCAGAGAGCACAUCAGGCUGCUUCUACAAAGGACUACCAUUUUUUUAACCUGAGUAUAGAUGAACUGUGUGUGCAGCUGCCGAGUGAGGCAAUAGAAAGCCCGGUCCUGGAUGAUGACUGUCUGGCUCAGCUGGGCAGCGGGUCGCUCAGUGCGCAGGCCUUCAGACACUGUUUCCUGCCCAACAACUCUGUCCUUAUCUCAGCUCUGUGCGGGAGAGAGUCCCCGGACUCACAACAAUCCCUGCCAGAAGAAAGCUGGGCCGCAACGUACUGCUGGAAGAUACUCAACAUCUCCCAUGAGGACAACUUUGAGGAGACUUGUCAGUACAGCGCGUGGGCUGUGCAUCAUUUCACCAACUCUACACUCCUGGAGCUCUGUGGGCAGACACAUGGAUUGAGAGAGUACAUUUGUCUUAAUGUCACACUCUACAAUACACUGUCAACAUUAAUCCCUCAGUUUGCUGAUUUCUGUGCAGAUCUGCAGGCGGAAUUGGAGGGCAGGAAGUGCCUCCUGCAGAGGUUUUUUGAAAUGCUCCCGGCGCCCUAUGAGUUUGACACAUCGCAGCUGUGUGUGGACCCGGCUCCUCUGCUGGUGGAAGCUCUGCACAAGCUCAGUGUGUGUGAGGUCGAGGGGGGGGAGCAGGAAGGGUUUUUAGUGGCGCUGGGAUAUGUGUUGAGGGUCCUAGACUUCAUGGUAGGCCUCUCUUCGGGCCUGGAUGAGGGGGAGAGAGAGGCGAGACAAGGUUUGGGUCAGGCCAUCCUCCUCUCCAGUCUCCUUGACAACACACCCUGGGCCGCACUGCAGCCAGAAGCACAAAGGAGCAUCCUUCACACCGUGGGAGUCUUCCUCCGCAUGGAGCAGAACGCCACUCUCAAAGAGGACCUACUGAGCUGCUUCAGUCCCGUCCUAUGGGACCUCAUCCAGCGGGACGACAACUCGUCUGCCCUGAGGUUCCUGCUGCAGGAGUACCUCCAAAUGCCCAGAGACAGCAUCCGCACUCUUGUGAUGUCUGCAGAAAAAGAUGCUGUAAAGAGAUUCAUCUCCCACAUGCAUCAGAGCUGGGACCAGCUGCAAGUUGAGACCGACCAGGCGUCUCAAAAAGAGUUGCAGGCCAUGGAAACAAUGACCGCUGCUUUCAUCCAUAAAUUCCCCCGAGUGACCCCUGAAUUGUUCGUGGACAUGUCUCAGUUCAUCCCCUUCAUGUCUGUUUCUGAUAUCAUGAGCUUCCCAGCAUCCCUGAUAGUCAACGACAGCGUGUUGACAGCCAUUCGUGACCACAGCUCCGGGAUGAAGUCGCUGCAGAAAAAAGCCUUUGUGAAGAGACUCCUGCAGUCCAGUGUGGUUGGGGAUGUCCCAACAUGGCCACCAUACUUUCUCAGUUCAAUCCUCCCACUUUUGCCUUACCUCCCAGUCAGUCAUUUUCAGCAGCUGACAACCAAACAGCUUACUCCUCUGCUAGAGUUGCUAGGCAACAGCAGUCUGGAUGGUGUAAGGGGGCGCCAUGUGCUGCGGACGCUCUUCAGCAAGAGGAAUAAUUUUACACGUGAUGACAUACCGAGGUUAGGAGUGCUUGCCUGUUACCUGGAUCCAGGGGAGCUGGGAUCAUUUCUCCAGGACUCGGCUGUGUCCUCGGCUCUCUGGCAGCAGCUGGCUCAGUGCAUGUCCAAAGGGUUGGUCAGCACCAGCGGCAGGCUGUCCUCUUGGUUGAUACCCGCUGCUGAAGCCCUGAACGUCAGCAGCAUGGCCCCUCGGGAGCUCUCGGCCCUCAGCGGUCUGUUUCCUCAGUUAGGAACUUCCUUCCUGCUGUCGCUCCCCUCACAGCAACUUCUGGAAAUCCUCUCACAACCAGGAUCACACAGUUACUCCCCAGCACAGGCUUUUCAAAUAUUAUACAAAAUAUCACAGAACACCACUCUCACUGUAGACCAACUGUGCAGACUAAGGCCGUUAUUCUCGGGUCUCUCCCCCGCUGUGCUCAGAGACCUCCAGUGGCCUGAGAUCAGUGAAGCUGCCCACUGUCAGUGCUGGAGCACCAUGCUAAUUGAGUUUAAACCCGGACAUAGAGCCAUGCUAUACAAUGCAAUGCAGGAGGCUCUUCACAGAGACUCGCAGAACAUCAUUCAGCAGGUGAACUGCCUUCUACCAUGGCUCCCUCUGAGGAAGCUGACAGAAACUUUAAAUGGGGAAACAGUUCUGAGAGAUGUUGGCCUGUACAGAGACGUGCGCUGGUCGCCACAGCAGGCUCAGCUUCUGUUCAAAAAGAUCCAUACAUUUAAAAACAUUACCCACAAGAUGGUGAGGAAUCUGGGUAAUAUUGCCAGUGGCAUGAGUUGUGACUUUUUGAGGCUUUGGAUCAACGAUACAGAUUUUGCAGAGCUGCUUCAGUUUGUGAGUGAGCUCCCUGGAGGCGUGAGACCGGCUCUGAGAAAAUGUAUUGUAGAAGAACUGAGGAAACAACCUGAGCUCGACCUCAGUGCUUUGAGCUCUGAGUUUGCUGUAACUUUACCCGUGACAAUGAUAGAGGAUCUCUCUAAUGUGUCCUUCAGAGCCAUUCUGGACCACAUUCAGGCACACUUUGAGGAUUUCCUCAGACUGCCAUAUUACAAGCAGACAAAUUUGGCAGAGAAGGCCGUAACUGAGCUGGGCUCUUUUCAGGCUCAGGGGGAGAUUGAUGGCUCCACUCUGGACGUCCUCGGGCCUUUACUGCCUUUCCUGGACCGGGACAGUUUGGCUCUGGUGGACAGAGCAGCUGUGGCUCUGCGGCUCGAGGAGAUGAGAAGUUUCUGCCUUCCUAAAGACACUCUGAGAGAAAUGAGUGCCCUGCUCACAAAGAAAGACCUGCUCGGGGAGCCGUCUAAAUGGCAGGUUGGGGAUGUGGAACAUUUGGGCCGGCUGGUGUUUUCUCUCUCCACAAAGCAGCUUAACUCCAUCCCUCUGACAGUGUUGAAUACAGACACAGUGGAGCAGGUGCUGGAGGGCCAAAGUCUCUGGGAGGACAGUGUGGUGGGCGGAGUCUGUGUUGCUCAGUGUGUGGACCAGCAGCGGCAGAAACUGAAGACUCAGAGUCUCAUUCGAGGGAUUGUCAAAGCUCGGAGCAGGAGGGCCAAAGUGCCAGUCCCAAGCUGUGCAGACAUCAGAGGGACGUUUCCUUCAGCUUGGACCUCCACUCAGCUCAGCCGUAUGUCACAGCAGGAUCUGAAUCAGUGCGUAGAAGUUUUUGCUCAGGAUGCUUCUCUCAGCUCUGAGCAACGCCGAGCACUCUGGGUGAAACUCAGACAGUCCUUCGGUCCGGUGAGAGAGCUGGGGGGGGAUCAGGUGCUAGCUCUGGGCCCGCUGGUGACUGAGAUGGGAGACAGAGAGCUGCACGACGCCAACCUCACAGACCAGGGAGUGUUGGCACAUCUGGGGACACUGACACACUGGAGCCCAAAGAAGAUGAGAGCGUUGAUUUUAGGUGUGAUGCGGAAACGAAAACUGAAAGUGGAGCAGUUAACAGCUCUUGAUCUGGCAACGUUUGGCCAUCUGAUGUGUGGCCUGUAUCCCUCAGAGAUCAGAAGACUGAGCGCCUAUAACCUCAGUCUGGCUGCCCUGUUCCUGCGGGAGACGUCCCUGCCGUGCACGGAGCAGCAGAUGGAGGCGUUGACAAGCCGCUUGUCCAGACCUGAGGCCUUUGGUCCACUCAGUGCUUGGGGACCAGAAGUUUUCACGGAAAUUGGGACAAUAGCAGUGGGCCUGGAGGACAUGGUGCUGUCAGCUCUGGUACAAGAACAGGUGGAGGGAAUCUCACCUGGAGCCAUCGCCCUGAUGUCCCCGAGAAAAAUGGCAGUGGUGUUCAGUGCUGUUCAGAUGUCGUGGCUGAGUGCGGAGCAGGCGUGGGCCGUCUCCGAGGAGCAGUGGGCAGAGCUGGACACCGAGCAGAGGCACGCUGUCGGCCUCGCAAGAUAUGAAGGAGACGUACUGCUGGAGCUGAGAGGGAGAAACUCGGCUCCAGCAGCAGACAGCUUCUCUAUCCGCUCACUGGCUCUGUGCCUCUUGUUAUGGCAACUCAUUUAACAAGUUGGAAUGAGAGUAAUUGUCCCUUGACCUCCCUUGGUA